AAUUGUGAGACAAACAUAGAUGACUGUAUAGGAGUACCCUGCGGCAAGAACGCUCAGUGUGUGAUGGUGUGAACAGCUUCGCUUGUCGCUGUCUACAGGUACACAGGCGAGCCGUCGAGCUGCGUGGAGAUAGACGAGUGUGCGGUGGCGCCGUGUGAGAACAAUGGCGUCUGCACGGAUCUGUUCGGAACGUUUCACUGCGCUUGUCCUCGCGCUACACGGGCAAGAUGUGCGAAGUCAACAUCGACGACUGCGUGGGCCGACCCUGCCUCAACAACGCAACGUGUGUGGAUGGUCUGAACAUCUACUCGUGUUCAUGUCUGCCCGGGUUCGUGGGAACAAACUGUGAGGUGAACGUGGAUGACUGUGCGGCGAACCCAUGUAGGAACGCCAUUGCCUGCCACGACAUGGUGGCAGACUAUCAGUGCGAGUGCGCUCCGGGAUGGACGGGGAAGACGUGCGAGUCGGACAUAGAUGAGUGCGAACCACAGCCAUGUAGAAACAACGGAACGUGCAUCGAUCAUCUCGGUGCUUUCUCCUGCCAGUGUGCUGUUGGAUUCAGGGGGGAGAAGUGUGGAGAGAACAUAGACGAUUGUUUCCCGAACCCGUGUGAUAACGGAGGUCUGUGCACGGACGCUGUGAAUGGCUACGUGUGCACGUGUCCACCGGAGUGGGGAGGCCCACGCUGCACCCAGGUCUACAACGCCUGCUCAUCCCGCCCCUGCCUCAACAAUGGAGUUGACAUCGACGAGUGCGCUAGCGCCCCCUGCCGGCACGGCGGCGCGUGCUUGCAGCGGUCGGAUCUCGCUCUGUACGGGACCGGUCGCCCGGGCUUCGUCGCUUACUCUCAUGCGACGGCGGGCGGGUACGUGUGCGAGUGCGUGCCGGGAACCCGCGGGGUCAACUGUGAGGUCAACAUAGACGAGUGUGCGUCCAACCCCUGCAACUACGGCAGAUGCUCUCCCCCCGCAGGCUGGACGGGCUCCCUCUGUGACAAGAACUACGACGACUGCGCGCGGCAGCCAUGUUUAAACAACGGAACGUGCCACGACGGCAUCGACGACUUUGAGUGCGUCUGCAUGCCGGGAUGGGCGGGGAAGCAGUGCGGUGUUGACAUUGACGAGUGUGCGUCGUCGCCGUGCCAGAACAGCGCCCUCUGUACUGACAUGAUCAACGGCUACACGUGCGCGUGCACCGACGGUUUCGCGGGCGUGCACUGUGAGAUCAACAUUGAUGAGUGUGCCUCUUCACCGUGUCAGAACAGCGGCAGAUGCAUCGAUCACAUAGCCAGCUACACGUGUGACUGCGACGACACGGGUUUUAACGGCACCCACUGCGAGUUCAACAUCGACGACUGCGCGUCCGUGCCGUGCACGCAUGGCGCCACCUGUAGUGACCUCGUGAAAGAUUAUCACUGCGCUUGUCACCCUGGCUUCACCGGAAAGAACUGCGAGGUAGGGAGGGGGAGCGCGAAUAUUAGCAUCUACACGCAUAAACAUCAUGAUAGGUGUGUGGACGAGAUCAACGCAUUCCACUGCGAGUGUUACCAUGGUUACGAGGGCACGUACUGCGAGCACGACAUUGACGAGUGCGAGCGAUACGCGCCGUGUCGCCUAGCAACCGCCUGCAACAACCUUCCCGGCGACUACGCGUGCGACUGUGUCGCCCUCUACGGGGGGAAGAACUGCUCGGUCGAGCUGAUUGGCUGUCGCCGACACGGCUGUCUGAACGGAGGCGAGUGCGUCCCAUUCCUGAUUGGCGAAUCGCAGCACAACUACACGUGCACGUGUCUGCACGGUUACCAUGGUUACCACUGCGACGUCGGCACGACGAUGACGUUGCUAGGCGCCGGUGGCGUUGCCGUGGCGACCGCAAGCGGUGACGGUAACUACACGACGUCGCUGCGCUUCCGCACGACGCUCCGCCAGGGGGCGCUGCUGCUGGCGUCGGGCGGCGCGGAGUCGCUGCUGCUGGAGCUACACCAGGGGGCGCUGCAGCUGAGCUACACCGGCGCCCUCGGUGGCGGCGUCGUUGUCGCGCCGACGCUGCCUCGCCCAUCGCUGUCGCUCGUCGACGCUCGCUGGCACCAGGUGGUGCUGGUGCUGUCGUCGCAGACUGUAUCGCUGACAGUGACGCACGAGGGUCUGCCGUACGCGCCCGUGACGGCGACGGAGCGGCUGGUGGCGCCCUCACGCGCGCUGGAUGGGGUCGUGACCUAUGUCGGAGGUCGCGGUGAGGCUGCGUUCGUGGGAUGUCUACAGGACGUCGUCGUUAACGAUGCGUGGGUUAUCCCUGAUGAUUACCUGAACAGCUCGCCGAUACAGCUAGGAUGCCCCAGGGCGCAGCAGUGCGAUCCCUGAACCCGUGCCGCGA